AUGGAGACCUCUGACAAAAUUACAGACCAGAUUAAUAAGACUAUUGAAGAGAACAAGUUCAUGGAGAACUCAAUCUCUGUAGGAGAAGGGGAGGAUAAUAUGUCUUUUAUGCCUGAUAAUUUUAGAGAGAGAAGGGAUCUUGAGCAGUACUUCUUCACUCGUGAAAAUAUACAGUCUUUAAUAAACAUCCUCAUGAUGACUUAUCCUGAAGAAGGAGAGAUAGAGGAGAAAGUAUGCCUAGUCUGAGCUCCUUCCCUAGCUAAAGCUUUGUAUGAGGACUAUGAUAUCAAAGUGACCAUCUGUGAUAUUGACAAGAGGUUUGAAGACCUUCCAGGUUUUACAUAUUUCGACCUUAAAGAGCCUUUUGAAAUCCCUGAUAAAGACUUCGACUUAAUCCUGAUUGACCCUCCUUUCUUCAGUGUAACUCUUGAUCAGCAAGCUAAGGCAAUGUCUGUACUAGCUAAAGGAAAUUAUAAAUGCAAACUGUAUAUUUCUUUCCCACACAGAGAUGAGAAGCAGGUCUUUAGUUCCUUCAAAGACUUUAACCUCAAGAGGACCAACUUUGAGCUUGAGUAUGCUACAGUUAAGCCAAACAGAUGGGAGAACUAUAUUUUGUAUGGAAAUGCAGAUCUCAUUGGACUUAAGCGUGUCAAGAAAUAAUUCAAUCAGCAAAA